GUUGUGGAAGAGACACUAAGGAAAGUGACUGACCAAUGGCCUUGGAGGGUGUUAUCCUCUGGUUACCAUUGGGUGCCAUGGACCUACAAUUAUCUCUGUAUUAAAAGAGACUGACUGUGACAUUAACACCACACAUAAUUUCACUGACUGUAUCAAGGUGCUUAUUCAUUACAUCGAUAAACAAGGCACACUUAUAAAUACAGAGAACUCGUAGCAGAUAAUGGGGGCAGCACGUGUAAAACGACGCUUCAGUGCUGUGGUGGAUGGGCCAGUGGAGGAGGAGGAGGUCAUGAGGCUAGCACAGAGUGCUGCAGAUACAUCUGGCGGAGGGGGGAGCCCAGCGGGGUCAGGGACCCCAACCAGCCCCUCUCCGACCCAUGCCCUCAAUGGCAAAGCUCUGCCUCUUCAGAGCAACACCAACAAUGCCCGGAGGCAUGGUGCCAUUGGAGAGUCAGCUGGAGGAGAUGCAGGAGGAGAAGGUGGGUUGAGAGGAGGAAGAAUGUGUUCAGGGCCCAAGAGUGGAAGAGGCAGUAGUGUAGGAGGGAGAGGGGAAGGCCGUUCUUCAUCAGAUCAGGAUUCACUCUCUUCCCCCUCCACUACCAGCCGGCGACGCAAGAAGCGCUCAACCCGCCGGCCCCGACAACGCUUUGUGGGCAAGGACGGACGCUGCAACGUCACCUUUGUCAACAUGAGCGAGAGGGGCCAGCGGUACCUCAGUGACCUCUUUACCACUUGCGUGGACAUCCGCUGGCGAUGGAUGCUGGUCAUCUUCACUCUCUCCUUCAUUCUCUCCUGGCUGCUCUUUGGAUUUGCCUUCUGGCUCAUUGCCUCCGCACAUGGAGACCUCUCCAUUCGGCUUACCCCCAGCUCAAGUUCAUCUCCAGGAUCAGGAGAUGCUGGCUCUGGAGGAGAGUCUGAUAGAGAGGCAGUGGUUGAGGAGCCAUGCUUCUUCCAGGUGAACAGCUUCAUGGCAGCCUUUCUGUUCUCCUUGGAGACGCAGACAUCCAUCGGUUAUGGCUUCAGAAGUGUGACCGAAGAAUGUCCCCUGGCGGUGGUGGCGGUCGUUUUGCAGUGCAUUGUGGGCUGCAUAAUUGACGCCUUCAUAAUCGGGGCAGUCAUGGCAAAGAUUGCCAAGCCCAAGAAGCGCAACGAGACCCUGGUGUUCUCCGACACGGCUGUAGUGGCGCUGAGAGAUGGAAAACUCUGUAUGAUGUGGAGGGUCGGAAACCUACGCAAAAGCCACCUGGUAGAAGCACACGUCAGAGCACAACUACUGAAGUCAAGGGUGACACCAGAGGGAGAGUACCUCCCACUGGACAACGUGGACAUCAACGUGGGGUUUGACACCGGCACUGACCGCAUCUUCUUGGUCUCGCCUGUAACAAUUGUCCAUGAAAUCAAUGAAGAGUCGCCUUUCUUUGAGAUGGACCAAAAAACGCUGGAGAACGACUCUGACCUGGAGGUGGUGGUCAUACUUGAAGGCAUGGUGGAGGCCACAGCCAUGACCACGCAGUGCCGUAGCUCCUAUCUGGCUACUGAAAUCCUCUGGGGACACCGCUUUGAACCAGUGCUCUUCGAGAGGAAAGAUGGCUACCAGGUGGAUUACUCAUUUUUCCAUCGGACCUACGAAAUCCCAAACACACCUUCCUGCAGUGCUAAAGAUCUGGCCGAGCAGAAGUACAUUCAGAGUUCACGGUCGUCAUUCUGUUAUGAGAACGAAGUAGCUCUGCAGCUUGCCUCCCCUGACGGUGAGCUGGGUCAAAACCUUGAGUUUGCCUCCCCACCGACCCGGAGGCAAUCCCUGGCAGAACAUCUCCACUACAACUGAACGGAAGGGAAAAAGACAGGAAACCGACUUCAGAGAACGAACUGAUAUGAUGAUGGGAGACAGAAUAGUAGAGAGAGCCUUGAAUAAACCAGUGUACAAUAAAGGAUAGGAAGAAACGCUAUUUACAGUGAUUAGAAGAGGAAGAAAUAUUUAGUGCGAACAUUAGGAAGUUUGGGGUUACUCUUUUGGUGAGUUGGGUUUAGUACACUGACCUAGUUGUCUAAUUGGUCCUGGCAAUCUUUCAAAAUCAUUGAAAACUGCUAAGUCUCACAUCUGGCCCAUCACUACCACAGCACACAGUCUGACUCUAAUACCUGACUGACAAGGGUAUGCAACAGUGCCCCAUGGUGGCUACAACAUGCAAUUGACCCUCAAUUUUUAUGAAGGGAAGAUUUUGACCUCUGUUGGAGGUAGUGUUUUAGCUUCUGAGGAAUGUAUUCCACUAAGAUGCUCACUUAUCAGUUUUGUUCUUUUAUUUUCUUAUGGUAAGUAUGGAUUAUGCACUUUUUGGCAUCAGGGACUGAGAAUGUAUUUGAGAUAAGCCAAAGCAGAGCAACAGUAACAUGGAGAAACAGCUUUAAACUAGCAGCGGUUUUGAGAUGUUUGUUCCAUGUAGAUGUAUUUUCUCUAUGUUGUUUGUUUUUUGGCUUUUUUCCAUGUGUGAUGCAAAGAAAAAGAUGUUCACUGAUUGUAAACUUUUCUUGAUUUUAACAUUUUGUGUUGAGUGGAAUAGCAUGAUUAUAGGGUGAUCCAGAUGUGAUUAUCGCCAUGCAUUGUUUUAUGGCGCUACUAUCAAAGUAUGCUGUUAUCUCUUAUGUCUGUAAAAGCAGCCUCGCUAUUGUUUUGGUGUGCUUUUUUUGCAUUAUUGUACACUUUAACUGAGCUAUAAUACUGUAAUCUUUUAAGUGUUGGUGGUGCAGACUGAAUAUUGAAUAUAAGGCAAUAGCCUUGGAGACCUACACUCACAUCCAGCAUCUUUCCAUUUCUACAUGUCUGCAAAUAGUGGAUGAAGAUCCAACUGGAAACUACAUCAGACUCACAGAAAAUUAAAUCUGGGUUGUUGGGUUUUUUUGGCUCAUAAAAUAAUGUAAUUUCCUUAGGUGGUAGGUGGUGCCUUCAUAACAGAGCAGACAUUUUGCAAAUGUCCCUUCAUCUGCAGCUGCAUGAUGUUGAAAAUGUGCUUGAAUUGUAUUUUUUUUUAUCAUGUGCAUUUGCAAGACAACCACUUUUAGUUUGCAGUAUCUGCUAAGAUGAAAAAAACUGAGCAGUCCCCAUAUAAACGUGCAGUGAUGAAUGAAUCUUUUACCUGUAAUAUACUGUAGGCUAUGUAAUAGUUGCACUUUCUAGAUAUAUUACAAAGCACCUGAGAUAUUUCUGUUUAUUUCAACAUUAAUAAUUAAGAGUAAAUAAUGCCACCUCAGUAUGUAAGUGUUUGAUUGCAGCAUGUGUUGGCAAAGUGUGGGGACGGCAAUGCCGUAUUGAGUGUUGACCAGUAAUCAGCCUGUCCGACGCACAACCUGGAAACUUGUUGUUUGCACUUUGCACUAAUUAUGGAGACUAAUAUCACUGAUGAAACUUUACAAAAGCACAGUAGUGUUGCAGGAACAGCACAGGCUAACUUCAGUGCAUCGAUCGCAGUGUUCUGACUGAUAACAUAUUAUCUGUUACAAAUAGUGUUAAUGCUGUUCCAUGUCUGUCUUCCCUUUCACUUCUCUAUUAUGGCUACCAUUUUCUAUUUAUAGGCUGCACAGGAGGUCAUGUCAUUUUCUCCCUGCAUCCACUUCCAUGAAAUGUAACUUGAACUUACAGCACCAUCACUUUACUAUGAUGGGACUUUUUAAACACAGCAGAAAGAAAAAGACGGAUUGAUUUGGAUUCACUGUUCACAGUACAGUACAUUUUAUACAUAGUGUAAAGCACAGAGUAGUAUAAUGUAAUACCUCUUUUUUAAAUAAAUUAGUGAGAUGAAAUCGACAAAAGCUACUGUUCUAGGAUU